GCGCGCGCAGGACAACCUUCCCAAGUUCAAAAGUAACGGCAGCGGCUGCGGGCGGGCGGAGUGCGUGUCUCCUUCCGCCCUCUCUCCGCGCGCCCUGACCGCACGGUUACUGCGCUGGGGGUUCCAGGCGGAAAGCAUUCCGUGAAAGGUGCGUGACCGUCCUUUCUUACACGAUUGCAUUGCUGAUAUCCUUGAGCCGUGGUGGAAGGAGGGCGGCGGAGGGAUAAGUGUGUAGUGACGUCAUCUAAUUCGCCUUCUCAGGCGGAGGGGAUAUAGUUCCGUCUCUCUCUCUCUCUUCUUGAUUAAUCCGUUAAUAAUGGGGCCCCUUUAAAUGCCCGUAUUCCCGGGAGUAUGGGAGCGAGCAAUAAGAUGCUCCAUUAAUGCUGUUAUUCUGGCGGGUUUCAUUGUUUUGUUUUGUUUUUCUGUCUGGACUACAUUUCCCGUGAUCCUCCGCCAGAUGUUCGGCUUGGUGAGCAUCAUGGGAAAUGUAGUUCCCCACAGGUUGCCCUGCAGUUGUGACUGGUAGAAGCUGCAGCCAAGGAAGUGGGAUUUCUGGAAACCUUACAAUGGGAUUUAAUGUUAAAAAAAAAAAUAUAUAUAUAUAUAUAUAUAUAUAUCUCUUAGAAAAAUCAAUAUGAGGCAAAAAUAUACCAAAGUUAUAUUUCUCAAAAUUAAAAAAAUAAAUAAAAAGUACUCACACUUUUUAUUAUUUUUGUUUAAGUUUAUUCACUAUAGUGUAAAAUUGCUUUGAAACCUAUAUUUAUCUAGUCAAUAUAGCCAGCUUGGUAAAAUUCUCUAGUCAUCCUAUGGGUUAAAUUUGACCGAAAAUGAAAUUUCUCAAAAACCUCACACUUUUUAUAUAUAUAUAUAUAUAUAUAUAUAUAUAUAUAUAUAUAUAUAUAUAUAUAUAUAUAUAUAUAUAUAUAUAUAAUUUAUUAAUGUGGGGGGUGUUAAUAUUAAUAUGUAGAUGCUGAUUUUGUGACUAAAUCCUGGCUAUGGUUUAUUCACUAAAGUGUAAAUUGCUUUGAAAACUAUAUGUAUCUAGUCAAUAUAGCCAGCUUCUCCUAGUCCUCUAUGGGUUAAACCUGACUGAAAAUGUGAGAUUCACAUUGACUUCCUAUUAAAUCAUAUAAUACUGGGCAGCCCUGGGAGGUCCUGCUUUGUUUCUCACAGAGGAGUUUGUUCACUGAACAUUGAAUUAAAUGUAGAAAUACACAUCUAUCUAACAUGAGAGGAAUACCUCCAGCAUUUCCUAUCAUUUGAACAUAGCAAGAGAAGGAAAAAAUGGGGUAAUAGACAAAAACUGUACUGUUACGUCUGUAUACAACUUUUUUGUAUCUUUCCAAUUUGCACCUACAUGUGGCAUUAUUUGUGCCAAAUAAUUAUUUUAUUGCACCUUUUUCUAUUUUUUUCCUUUUUCUCAUUUGUGUUUUUUUGGGCGAGGGGGUUUGGUUUAAAUCACAAUUUUGUCAAUCUUAAAGUAUAAGAAGAUGUUUCUGACACAUUUUUCCACUAUGUCCAGAAUGGCAAUUUUUUUUUUCUUUUACUUUUAUUAAAAAAGCAACAGGAUUUUAUUUUUUAUUUUUUGAAAUAAAUAAAAAUGUUUCACCCCCUCUCCUCUCCCAGUAGUAUUAUUACUUAUCCCUCUAGUAAUUAUUUUGGUGCACUUCAGAAAAGGUGGGGGAGAAAAAAAAAAGGCACCUCUAGAUAAAUGUAGAAUUCUGGUCUUAUACACCAAAAGAUAGCGCACAAAACUAGUUCCUACAUGAAUGUAAACUUAAUUCUUAUACAUCACUUAAAAAAAUGACAUUGCACAGGGUUUUACUAGUAGUUGUGCACAUCCACUGUUAUUCACUGGGUUGGCCAGCCUAAAGCAGGUGAAGACAAGUGAUGGGCAAUGUCUCAUGCAAAGCUAGUUUCUGUAUUGCCAAGUUCAUUGCAGAGGAAGUUUUGCAUGAUGAUGUUUAGUGUAGUAGAAUUUUAUAUAUAUUUUAUAGUUUUUGUAUAUCUAUAAAUAUUAGACACCCAACAUGUUUAACCAGGGGCAUUUGGACACUUUUAUGUUACCAUUUAAUAACCAGCUAAAACUGUUAUAUAUUUUAUUUUUCAUUUUUUUUUUUCUGUUAAUACUAAUUGAUAUUGGGUAAUGCAGAUACAAACAUUGACAUCAGCUAUAUUGCUUGAGUCCUUUCCAGUUCUAGUUGGCCAAUUUAAAAAGUUUUAUUUUCUGCCGGCGGGGGGAGGUAUUUCUAAAAGAUUUAUUAUGUGGUUUUUUUAUUUAUUUAUUUAUAUUUUCGCAUUCCAAAAGUUCUAAACCUACCUGCCAGGAAUGCCAUCCUGUUCUUUGUUCAUAUAUAGAUACAAAAGAAAGACGGCUAAGUAGUAAAAUUGACACCCUGGAAUUUGCAUGCAUUGAUCAGUCUCGUCACUUCUCUCUGCAUCAAACAUUUUUAUGUAAUCAGUAGAGGCCAUGUUGGCCCAAUCCCAUUACUUUGAAAACGAUCAUCUAUCUCUGCUGUGACAUUGAAGUAAACUUAUCUGCUUGCCUUCAGGAUGUCAGCAUACACCCCCGCCUCAUGGUCUAUAAGUGGCGUUUAUUAAAUAUACAAUAUGUGCUGUACAUGUACAGAUACAAAUGUUACUAAAGUAAAAAUCUAUCUAGACCAGGGGUUCCCAAAUCAUUUUUCCCAUGGAACCCUUUGACAUAGUAUACCAACAUCAUGGAACCCCCGGAAAACAAAUUGCGCCGUGGCUUUUUUAUCAUUUUCAAAUAUUUUGCUCAUAAACUGUUUAGUGUUAUGCUUUCGCUUAAAAAAAAGUCAAUGUCUUUAUCUUUGUACUCUGGGUGAUUUUGCUCAAAAUGACGACGUAAUUUAGCAGGUGCUAACAAACUAUUUGACAAUAUUAUCUUGCAAACUAAGCAUUGUGCCUAAGGUAUGUUUUUAUUUCUGGCACCUGUGAAUCCAAAUUUUAGGUAGCUGUCGUCAUAUUUCUUUUUCUUUGUUUGAGAAGAAGAUUGGGUAGCAUUGUGUGUAUUUCUUUUUUUCUUUGACUUGUCACUUGUCUCUGCUAUUUGAGGAACAGUAGAUUCAACUAUUUUGGACUUGAUUUCUUGUUGUAUCGUCUUAGUUUCUAAAAUUUUUGAACAAUUAGAAGUAGUUGCUCUUGAUAGUUCCUUGUUUUAACCAGUUGUCCAAAUUCAUGGUUGUUGGUUGGUAAAAAAACAAAAAAAAAAACUUCUCUAACCUGAAAAAAUACAGAUCUCACUACCUGACUGCAAUGGAUGCUGUUUUUUAUAAUGCUCUUAGAAAGAAAUUAAUGUAAGAAGAAUUUUGGAGCAAUCUUGGAGCAAAAAGAUUAGAACACUGUUAAACAGGUCUCACUACCAGACUGCAAAGGAUGCUGUUUUUAUAAAGCUCUUAGAAAGAAAUUAACAUAAGCAAGAUUUUUUUCUCAAUCAUGGAGUAAAGAGAACACUUAACUACAGAUUUCACCAAAGGAUGCUGUUUUGUUAACAGCUCUUAGAAUGAAAUUUGUUUUCAAAUUUACAGAUUUCUACUGAUAGUACGCAGAAAAAAAAAAUACACUCACACAUAUAAUUUUAUAUCGAUCUCAUGGAGCAUUUAUCAAAAUAAAUUAGAUAUUGCACUUGGAUCAAUAUGCCAAGUCAGUGUAAGGCAGCUUAACACUAGAGGAGAGAGGAAUGGGAGAAUACUGAAGUAGAGAGGAGUAAAAGAAUACAGGGAGGAAAGAGGAGUUAAGGAAUCCUGGGAGGAGAGAGGAAUGAAGGAAUACUGGGCUGGUAGGAAUUCUUACCUUAAAUGACGCUGGGAGAAUUGACACAGGACAGGCAUGCAUAAGUGUGUGGUAAUCUCGCAAUCUCUUUAUAAGAUCGCGGCCACGCAAUAUCUGCUGUUUCCGACCUUCCGGAAACAGCAGGGAGCUGCGGUCCUCUUGGAUGGGGCAAUUCACGGCGGAACCCCAAUUGGGAAACGCUGAUCUAGAUCUACAGACUACCUUUUAAAAAUGUGUAUUGGCAAAGGUUGUGGAAUUUAAUGGCAUUUUGUAGCAAGAUGUGUGUGUAUAUGAAACUUCAUGUCUGUUGAGUCUCUUAGUUCGAUCAUUGCUACACAAUUACAUUUGCUCUAGUAUUUAUAAUCAUUUUUUUCUGCAAUAUUUUUUUCUUUAACUGUAUAAAAUCAGCAACCUUUUGCAUGUAGUGCAAAACUAUGUAACAUUAUGGAUGAUCUGUAUGAGUCCAGUUCAUUUAUUUCUAUUUCAUUUAUUUAUAUCCAUAAGUGAGUUAUACACAAGGGAACUGGAAGAAACUGCAACAGGAAAUCGGCACAAGGUUUUCUGGGGAGAAAGCCAAAACAAUGUGCUAUAUUUGUUUUAUAAUUUGUGUUUUAUGCUCAUAGAUGAAAGUUAGGCCUUUAUGUUUCAUUCUGUGUGUGAGAGAGAAAUUACAUGAUAUGAAAACAUAUUCUCCCUGCAUUAUUCUAUUAAUUCUUAGAGAUAGUCAUACAAAUCUUUGGUAUUAAUGCUUUAGUGCUCCUGUCCCUUAGUUUAUAUGUGUUUCCCUUCCCCCAUUUAACACAAGGCUCUCUUAGUGCUGCUUACCUUUUCUCCACCCACAGUGUAAUGGAGCAGGCAUGGCCUCCUCUGCCAAUGACCAGUGCAAUGCUCCUCACAGAGUAGCAUUGGGGUCCUGAUGUGCAUCUCUUGAGUGCAGCACAUGUAUCAGAUCUCACCAUACUAAAGCAUGGAAUCGAUCCAAAGCGGCAAUGUUUACAUUUCAGCCUUAAACAUAAAGGAUCAUACUACCCAGGCCACUUUAUUCAGUUGAAGUGGUCUGAGUGACUUUAAUGGUCCUUUAACCCAGGAAUUGAAGAGAGAACUUAAAGUACGGGGAAGAAAAUGUUGUCCUGGUACACCCCUGCAUGGAGGCACUCCGCUCUGUUUCAGAGGCCAGGUGCCCUUGGGGGACCUGAAGAUCCGGUGCUGGUGGCAGCCAUUGGGCUUAAACCUUUUUUCGAACAGUAACCCUACAAGGUGAGGAUGCAUCCAUGCUAACUUAAUUGUAAAAUCAUGUUAUUCAUAGAUAUGAUUUUUAAUUUGUGGUGUAACAACUUCUUGAUCAAAGCAGCGAUCUGACUGCCAUUCUGGAGUCAAGAAGAAUUUUUUUAUUUUUUUAUAGUUUGUUACAAAAUUAGAAAGCGCUUCAAACUUUUUUUUUUUUUUGGCCUUCUUUUGGAUGAACAGCAAAGGUUGAACUUGAUGGACGCAUGUCUCUUUUAAGCCUAUGUAACCUAAUUUAGAUGAAGUUGUUAUGGUGACUGGAGUCGGUGUAUUCCUUUUAAAUAUGGCAAUAGUGAUGAUAUAUUAGUUUUGAUCUACACUUAGCGUGACAAAUUUAAUUCACCUCCAGUUACCACAGUUUUCUGUUCCUGCUCCUUCUUGUCUUGAGAUACAAAUGUGACUAUGCUCAAAAGUUGUGUAGCUUGUUUUCCAUUAGUAUGGACAUUGACCUUUUAUUUAUCCAUAGUUUUCACAUAAGUUUCAUGUCGUCCCUCUCAUUGGGUCUCCUGUUGUAGUAGUACUCAAGCAGGUGUAGGUUUUCACAUCGUAUCCAUCAGUGGGUUGGUCCAUUAGCCCACUUUUCCUCACAUUGCUGACAGUGAGAGCAGUGUGGUCCCAGUCCAGUGGUGAUAGGAGCACUGAUGGUUGUAGUGCUUUCAGCUGACUCCAGGUGGGACAAACUUGUCAUUUUGAUGCAGUCUGUGCUUUAGCAGCUCAUCAAUUCAAAUAUGUCCAUUCAAAUCAUGUAUUUUUCAAAAAUAAGACAUAUUGCCUGAUCUCUCAGCAGUUUGAUUAUUAUAAUUUUUUUUUUUGCAUAUUCCAUUGUGUCUGUAGAUAAAAUGCACAGAGAAUGUGACAGUGAAGGUAAUUACCUGUAUUGUUUUCCUACUUUGCUAUAAAUAUAACAUAUGUUAAAUAAAACAUGAUGUAAUCCAACAUUAACGUAUAUGUAAUGGAAGGGAGGUUGGAGCACUCUUUCUGUGUCUUGUUACUUCAAGAAACCUGUUUAUGCUUUUUUUUUUUUUCUUCUUCUUAAAAAUGUAAGCGUGUGUGCAGUAGCUAUUGGCCUAAUUAGCAGAGUUUAGUAAUUUGGAACUCCUGUCAGAGACCAUUAUGUUAGCUGAAACACUAGAUGGAUUAAAUCUAGUGCAUUGACCUCAUCGUUUUACUGUGCUCUGUAAUCUGUACAAAAACCUUUGUGUUUGACUGCAUUACAUGUUCGAAACAAGUCUCUCUCACUUUUUUUUUUUUUAAAUGUUUUUUUCUGUGUUUUUGAAUAGUACGUAGUUCUAGAUCGAUGUUAAAAGCCUCUGCAUUAAUAUACCAAGGGUGGUGAAUACGAAGUUGUCCACUAAUAUGUGACCAAAAAAAGCUUACCAAUAAGUAAAAUUUCUGCUUGCCAUAUACACAUUUUAAAGUGGUCUAGUCAUUUUUUCACUUCUUGAGUAGUACAUAGACAUGCCUGGCAUAAUCUCACAAAUGAUUACCAGCCAGAAAAACAAAGUUACUGGCCAGUUGGGGGGAGGUAGGGAUACUAGACCUCUCAGUGUAGUUUCUGUGACAAGUUUAAGCUGUGUGCAUGUGUGUCUGCUUAGAAAGUAAUUAGAUGGAUGUGAAGAGAGUAGAGAUUGCAGCUUUUCAGAUGCUGACAGGAAGUCAAUCGCUUUAAGCCGAUAGCUUCAGCAAGGGGUUGUAUUUUAAUUCUCUUACCGAUACAGACUGUGAGCUACAAACUAAAAUAUAUAGUGAUUGGCUGAGUUUAACUGCUUGGCUGCCAAAAAGGCUUGUCAGUGUAUCUUUUAACACCCUGGCAAUAGAAAGGUUAAUUGGUGCUUGCCUGCAUCAUGUUAGUAUUUUCACAUCUUAAUUACUUUCCAAGAAGAAACCUGUAUUAUAUCAUUUUCCCUUUAACAAAAAUGCAAUGCAUAUCACAGACAGUCUCUGUGAUGCUGGGUCCAAUCGUUAUCUGUGGCUCCAGCUAUUGGCUUAAAGCUAUUGACUGCCUGACACCAUCUGCAAGGCUGCAAUCUCUACUCUGUUCAGAUCCAUUCAGCACCCGACUUGAGUCAGUGAGCAGGCUAUCUUUGCUUUAAGCAGAAUCGGAUCUUGUUAACCUAGUUCAAUCAUAGUAAUACAGAUCGCUAUAUGCUCUCGUUUGCAGCAUUGCACGGCAGAUAACUGAGCAGCAUUGAAUCUAAAUGGAACUUUGAAAGCAAACAAAAUAGGAGACAUGUUAGGAAUAUAUUUAUCACAUCAAGUGCUGGAUCAAACUUGAACUCUGUUUUUGAUUUUCCUGCAAUUAGAAAAGGUCACUUUCACUUUUUUUGUAAAAGAAACAUUUCAGUUUUUGUUUUGUGUGGGUUUUUUUUUAAUUUUUUUUUAUUUUUUUUUAAAUACAUCUUGGAUAACUGGUUAUUUCAGAAUAUUGUGAACCACUUUAAGCUGCACGACUGCACAGAAUAAAUUACUGAUGGUCGAUGCCAAAGGGAAGAACAUGAAAUGUCUUACUUUUUUUUUAAUGCUUCCAGAAACUGUAAAGAACAGAUCGAAAAAAGGCCCUAAAAAGGUGAGCCCAAGUAACAGCAGUAGCAUUAGUAGCAGCAGCAGCAGCAGCAGCAGCAGCAGCAAGUUGCCUCCAGUUUGCUAUGAAAUAAUCACCUUAAAAACCAAAAAGAAGAAGAAGAUGGCUGCUGAGAUAUUCCCUAAUAAGAAACCGGCAAACAGCAAUUCAAACUCAGCUCAACAAUAUCACCAGCAAAAUCUCAAUAAUAACAACACCAUCCCAUCCCCGAACUGGCAGGGACUUUAUGGGACCAUUAGAGAAAGGUAAGCUGGGGUGUGCUACUUUUAACACUGUUCUUUUCAAUAUAAACUGUUCUAUAUAUUCUCCUCAUUCCCCCUCCAAACUAUGCUUGGUGUUUAUAAGAAAUUUGUAUUUUACCUGGUAUCAUUUUUCUGUGUUUUAGAAAUGCUAUAAUGUUCAACAAUGAAUUGAUGGCAGAUGUUCAUUUUGUGGUGGGACCACCAGGUGGGACCCAGCGCUUACCAGGACACAAAGUAAGUUGUAGUUUUCCAGCAAUUGAAAUGCUGAUAUUACUGUUCUAUAACAUAUCCUAUUUUUUUUUUUUUUUAUAUAUAUAUAUAUAUCUCUUCAAAAUACUUUUUGCUGUCUUGGUAAAAUGCACAUUGUAGUUAUUGUCGUGCCGAAUGUUUCUUUCAUUUUUCUUGUUUUGUUAGCUUGUUUUUAGGUAAUACUAUGCUUUCAUGAUAUGUGAUCCUAUUGCGAUCAUCUUUUAAGCUUCCCUUUUUCCUUCAGUAUGUUUUAGCUGUUGGAAGCUCAGUGUUUCAUGCUAUGUUUUACGGAGAGCUUGCUGAGGACAAAGAUGAAAUUCGUAUACCAGAUGUUGAACCUGCAGCUUUUCUUGCUAUGCUGAAGUAAGCAUUAUUCCUGUAUAAUAGUGUUUGGCAGAUAUUCUGUAAACGCAGUUAUUCUACAUCACCUGUUUCAUCAAAGUAUAUUAGGCUAGCACAGUUUAAAUUCAAGGCUAUGACAUUUCAUAUUGAUAAAUAUAAUUGUAACUAAUAAAUUGAUAAAUUUAGUGAACUAGUGUGGAUUUUCCCCUAGCUACUAACAUUUUGGAAAGAGUAAUGACAAGCCCAAGGUGAAUCUUUGGUGCAUAAAUAUAUUUAGAUUUUGGAGUGCAUAAAAAAAGAUCUUGUACAUGAUGUUGUUCAAAUUAGUUUUGUUUACUGGUGUGAAUGGUGCAUAGAAAUUCCAAAGUAUGACAAGCCUGCAUUGCUAAAAUGAACUGCAACAUAUCUGGUUAUACUUAAUCUUUGUCACAGUCACACCAGUAUGUAUUUAUACUGUAAGAAUUUGUGCUGUUAUGGUAACAUAACUGAAACUAAUGUCCGUAUCCUAACUAAUUAAACUUAGACUCUAUUGUAUAGGCAAGCUUGGUAGGUGACAAUAAUUUUAUAGAACCUUCUAUGGCUUUUAAUUUUAAGGAUCCUAAGGAUGUAGUAAGGGGAUGGAACCUGUAUGUAUGAACAUUAUUACAUUCCAAAAGGGGCAAAUAAAAUAACUUUUUUAAAUAUUAUUUUUAUUCUCCCCCCCCCUUUUUUUGCAGGUAUUUAUAUUGCGAUGAAAUCGACUUGGCUGCUGACACGGUUUUGGCAACACUGUAUGCUGCUAAAAAAUAUAUUGUUCCUCACCUUGCCAGAGCAUGUGUUAACUUCCUAGAAACUAGUCUCAGUGCAAAGAAUGCUUGUGUUCUACUCUCUCAAAGCUGCUUGUUUGAAGAACCUGAUUUGACCCAGAGGUGUUGGGAAGUGAUUGAUGCACAGGCGGAACUUGCUUUGAAAAGCGAAGGCUUUUGCGACAUUGACUUUCAGACGCUUGAAAGUAUCCUUAAAAGAGAGACUUUAAACGCCAAAGAAAUUGUUGUCUUUGAAGCAGCCCUUUGUUGGGCUGAAGUCGAAUGUCAGCGUCAAGAAUUAACUCCUACUAUAGAGAACAAGAGAAAGGUCCUUGGCAAAGCCCUCUACUUAAUUCGUAUCCCCACCAUGGCAUUGGAUGAUUUUGCAAAUGGAGCUGCACAGUCAGGAGUUUUGACACUAAACGAAACAAAUGACAUUUUUCUCUGGUAUACAGCAGCUAAGAAACCAGAUUUAGAGUUUGUUAGCAAUCCCAGGAAAGGUUUGGUUCCUCAAAGAUGCCACCGCUUCCAGUCGUGCGCCUACCGUAGCAACCAAUGGCGCUACAGAGGUCGUUGUGACAGCAUUCAGUUUGCUGUGGAUAAAAGGGUAUUUAUUGCAGGAUUUGGCCUCUAUGGUUCAAGUUGUGGGUCAGCUGAAUACAGUGCAAAAAUUGAACUGAAACGUCAGGGUGUGAUUCUAGGACAGAAUCUAAGCAAAUAUUUUUCAGAUGGAUCUAGCAACACUUUCCCAGUUUGGUUUGAGUAUCCAGUUCAAAUUGAACCAGACACCUUCUACACAGCCAGUGUGAUUCUCGAUGGCAAUGAGCUGAGCUACUUUGGACAAGAAGGAAUGACUGAAGUGCAGUGUGGAAAAGUAACUGUACAAUUUCAGUGCUCUUCUGAUAGCACAAAUGGGACAGGUGUCCAAGGAGGACAAAUCCCUGAACUUAUUUUCUAUGCCUGAUAGCAAAUUUUAUGAAAAUGAAUGGGCAAAACAUCAGUUUUGUACAGGAAUGUUUAAUUUGUCUCUGAUCACAUAUUCCUACAUCAGUGCUUAUUUUUUUUUUGUUUACUAUUGGUAUAUAGUUGAGUUGCACAGUUUGUUUAUAAUUUAUAUUUCAAAGUUUCUAUUUACUUUUGUGUUAUACAUUGGAAAUAUUUUGUUACCAUUUUUUACCUAAAUAAUAGGAUUUAACUACCUAGAGUUUGUAACAAAUGCAUCUGUAUAUCACAUUAAACAAAGCAAAUGUAAAUUAACAUUUUACUUAUAAACAUUUUUAAUAUGUAUAUAUGGAAAUAGACUCUCUAACAUAUAGAAAUGUUUAACAUCAAAACUCUGUGAAAAACUUUAACUGUAUUGUUUUUUGUCCUCUCCUCCCCCCAUGUCCCUCCCAAAGCUCAAGGUUACACUUUUAGCAUAAACAAAUGUACCAACCACAGGUGUAUUAUGCUACAAAUAUUACAUAUGUAGGUGAUAUAACUAUAGGGGCGCAUUUAUUGUUUUGGGCCUUGUUCCUCAAGAGACAUUGGUACUGGUGCAUGUCCUACAUUUCUAUGUUUAUACCAUUUUUCUAACUGUUGGGAAAGAAAGAGAAUCCAGUGUGUAUUUCAGACACCAGGUAUGAUGUCUUGUCUCAUUCAAUAUUUGCUAAUGUGGAAAUGCAAGUACUAACUAAAAGUUAGUUCCAGCCUUUGAACUUUUCUCUUGCUUCUUGUGCCAGGAAUAGUGCUCCACAGACAAACUGUAGUCCCCACAAAGUUUGCAAUACAUUAUUGUAGCUAAUGCACAACAGCGUUAAAAUCUACAUAUGACAAAAUUUGCAUCACCAGUCCCCGCCUACCAGUGACUCCAUGCUUAAGUGCACUGGUGUAGUGGCUGUUAGUGCUACAUCUGUAGUCUAAACUGCAAAGGGCUCCAUGAAACCAUGAAAGAUUUAAAUAGAGGAUCAUAGAGCGACAAUGUGAUGAACCUUUAUUAAGAAAAAAAAUUGCACAUAUAUUUUUACCAUGAAAGGAUAUUGUGCCUCUUAUUUUAUCUCUAUAAAUAUUUCUAGUUUAAUUAUACCAUGUAAAUGAUGUAGCAGAGCCUACUUUAUUUAUUGCACUCCUGUAUGUUGGAAUGUUUAACGGUGUAUUGUAUCUUUUUAAAACAAAUUUUAUUAGUUUUUUUUUUUCAGUGACAAUUUUGUUAAAGUUCUCAUCUACUUUUUAGAACAGAUGUGUUUUCAGUUUAUUGCACAGCUGAUGGUUUCGGUUGAACAUCUGCAUGGUGUGUCACUUAUGACUUAUGAUUGGAGUUCAUUUCCCUGAGCCAGCAAUUUCGAAUAUCUUAUCCCUGCUUUGGAAAGGAUGCGUCCAUUAAGCAGAUAUGGGUUUGACACUAAAUGCACACAAAAGGGGGAGAUUUAUUAAGGCAAAAAAGGUGCUAUGUUUGGUGCAACGGUUAAUGCUGAGAUACAUUUUAUCAGUAUCUAUAGCGAUUGCACCGUUUGUUUCCAAAAGAAACAUUUAUGUUUGGUUUUAUUUUGGUAUUUUAUUUUCUUUAAAAUUUGUUUUCAUUUUUUUUUUUUCAGUUUAUUUACAUGGUUUGAUGUUCUAUUUAAGUUUUUACCACCAAAUAAACCGAUCCAUUAAAAAAUUAACAGCAAUAUUGUUAUUUUUUUAUUUUAUUAUGAAUGUAAUUUGAAUGUACACUUCAGGAGAAAAAGAAACAAAUUUAGCUUUAUUUUUAAUGUUUACUUUUUAAAAGCACAUAUGAACCUGAACCAUAAAACAUUCUAAUUUUGUAUCAGUGUUUAUUGCAGCCCAAAUCCUGUAACUAGCUCAAUGCUUGAACAAUUCAUGUGCCAAAAAUGAAUUUGAGACAAUCUUAUAUGUCUCCUGUAUUUCUCCACCACAAACUUGCUUGAGGCAUUACAGUGACAGUAGCCCACAUAUAGUCAUCAUAUGACCUUGGCAGUCUAACUUAAUUUACAAGACGCAUCACUCAGAAACAUCAGAUUCCAAUAUGACAUUACUAUAUCACCUCCAGUUAAAGACGUAUUUAUUUAUUUAUUGUCAGAACUAAAUUGAGCUUUUAUAAAACAACUUUUUUUGUGUGUGUGUUUGUUUUAAUAACCUGCGCAUUUACUGACCGCAAGGAAACUGUAAUUACAUAUUACAUUUUUGUUGUUUACUUCUCUGCUAAUGCAUUAUUUUUGUCUUUUAGUGUACCAUUACCAAAACUGUUCUUUAGUAGUUUUAUGAAAUAC